AUCUACAUGGUUAUUACGUAUUCUUGCACUAUACAUACAACAUUACAAUUGAAACCUUGUGGAAGUUUUAAUCUUGAAAUUUGGAAAUAAAAUGCAUGUAAUCUGUCCUUGUUUUAAGGAAUAUUUAUACUUUCGUUUCGUGUAGAUAGACGUGAUUUUCGAUAAUCAAUUUAAAUGGCAGGGUCACCAGCGGAACAACAAUUGAUGCCCCUCAAUGAUGAUGCUAAUGAUGUGAAUGUAGCUGGCUUAAAUCAUGAAGUUAAUGUUGAGACAACGAAAUGUAUGGGAUACUGCAACCGACGUUUUACAUGGAUAUUUGAGACUGGACCUAACAAAACUAAAGUCUUGAUAAUCUACGCUUUUAUUUCUAUCAUAGUGAUAUUGGUAUUACUAAGUGUCGUAGCUCAUAAAAACAUAGAUAACAAUUCACCCUAUUCGAUGACAGACAACAUGGACAAUGAAUUCCUGAAACUACCAUGUAAAGUCAUUGAUCCAGCCCAAUAUCCACCAGUACAGAAAGAAAGUGACGACACAUGCUUCUACACAAAAGAAAAUAUAACAAAGAUAUUGAAUGCCACAAGAAAAUCAUUAUUUAAGAAACCCUGCAUGUGUAAUCAUACAACUCAUUGAAAGGGCACUGGACGGUUAUGUAUAGGUUACCAAAACGGGAAACGCUCAAAAGAUGUUUAGUAAUGACCAUACAGUAUUAUCCUUCAUUAUAUAUUGUAUUUUGUGGAUAAUUUUGAUACAACGAUCACAUUUUCCAUUUGAUUACGCAUUUGUAAACCCAUUCUGAUUUAAAAUGUUUUAUUAUUGUAUUUUAACAGUUCUAAAUGGUUACUUAUGUGUUCAGAAAAAACACUAUAAAUAUGUGUAUGCUUUUUUGCAUGUUUUGUUUUAUUUUUAAAAGACACUAUUAUUUCUGUACUAAAUAUGUAUAAAUCACAAAAUGGUUAGUUCAUGUCAUAAAGGUUUCAAGUGAAUAUGUAGCUAUUAUAAUUCAUUAAAAUCACAAAUCACAAUA